AUGGCCGACCCGAGGCAAAGAGUCAUCAUCAAGGUCUUCAGAAAAUACAGUCAUUCGUUGGGGCCUGAAUCAUUAGAGUUCUUGGAGGAGAUCCUGGAGCGCCACGAGAUACCGGACGAAGAUGCCGAGUUCUCUAUUGAGUGGAUAGCGAAGGAGUAUAACAAGCAAGAUGACGCGCAGAUGAAGGUGUCAUUGGAUGUACUUCAACGAGCAGAAGCCGUUGAUCCUGACAGUCACCUGCACUUCAUAGACGCGUUCGAUAUGCCGCUCUGGCAUUGGUCUCAUGAAAGGAGCACGUUCGAGAGAGCGGGAGGACCUCUCACAAUAUCUGGCUCUGCAGACUCUCAGAUCAUGGCCAUGCGGAACAGACUGAAUGUCAUAAGACAGACAGUCCUUCGAAAUGACCACUUCUCCCCAUCAACCUUACCAUCGCGUGACCGUGAACGCCUCCUAACGCUACGGUCCACAAAACAACUUCUAGGACGUUCAAAAGAGCGCUUCCUAUUAUUUGGCAUGCUCUCUCAUAACAAGGAGGGAAAGCUUUGUCUUGAAGAUCAAGACGGUUCUGUCGAGCUUGAUUUUUCUCUGCUAGACCAACCAAGCGAAGGACUGUUCACAGAAGGAUGUUUCGCUCUCGUCGAGGGAGACUACACCGAAGACGCGACAUUAAGUGUCAUUGCUGUCGGACACCCACCGUGUGAAAGCAGAGAAUCAGCGAGGUCGAUCUACGGCCACAUUGACUUCCUUGGGAAGGGCGCGACUACCCUGCUAGAAGAGUCAACGCAACUGGCAGCCCGUGUCCGCCUAGACAUUCCAGACCUGCAUCAUCCUGACACACUCCGAGGCUUGAGGAAGAUGUUCGAUCAUUGCAUGGAAAACAGCUUCAUCCCGAGAGUUAUGGUUCUGUGCGGCAACUUCAGCAGGCGUGGUCUCUUACAAGCGGACAGCCGAGAGGCACGUCAAUUUCAAGACCACUUGGAUAGCUUGGCGGACUUGAUCGCAGCGUAUCCUCUUAUAACGCGCACAACGCACUUCGUAUUUGUUCCCGGCCCUCUGGACAUUGCAGUGAACUCUGCUCUGCCUAGGUGGCCAUUGAUGUCGUCCUUCGUCGCCCGUCUCAAAUCGCGCAUACCAAAGGUGCAUUUCGGAACUAAUCCCUGCCGAAUCAAAUUCUUCGAGCAGGAGAUCGUCAUAUUCAGGGAAAAUCUCAUGGCGAGGAUGCUGCGAAACCUCGUGGGCGUGAAACCUAAUGUGCACACGGACGACCUCAAGCGAUAUCUCGUACAAUCAGUCUUGGAUCAAAGCCACCUUGUUCCAUUGACAACGUCCAUACAACCUAUCCUGUCGGACUUCGACCAUGCCCUGCGGCUUUAUCCGCUUCCUACCGCCGUUGUGCUCGCCGACAAAUAUGACCGAUACCAGAUGACGUACGAAGGAUGCCAUGUCUUCAAUCCUGGCAGUUUUGUAGGUAACUCGUUUACGUUCUCGGCAUAUACGCCUUCGCGGCGAGAGUCAGAAGAAUGGUAG